UUCAGCCUUCUCCUCCUCCGGUCCUUCCCCCGAAGAACCCACCAGUCGGUCCCUCUGUAUCGUCUUCUUCGUCUCCGUCUCUCUCGCUCUGUAAUCAGCUGCUGUCUCUAUCUGCAACAAUGGCGACUGGUAUCUUGAAGCGAGCAAUCCCAAUGUCCAGAGUUGCUACGUCCUCGGCGGCCCGUCUCCUCCUCGCGCGCCACCACGCAAGCGAGACCCAGGCUCAACAGGUCGAGCCCAAGGCCAAGUCCACCGCCAAUCUCAAGACCUUUUCGAUCUACCGGUGGACCCCGGACAACCCCUCGAAGCCGGAGCUCCAAGACUACCAGAUCGACCUCAAGGAGUGCGGUCCCAUGGUCCUCGACGCCCUCAUCAAGAUCAAGAACGAGAUCGACCCGUCCCUCACCUUCCGACGGUCCUGCCGCGAGGGAAUCUGCGGGUCCUGCGCUAUGAACAUUGACGGCUGCAACGGUCUCGCCUGCCUCACCAAGAUCCCGGACGGGGGCGCCUCGACGAUCACGCCGUUGCCGCACAUGUUCGUGAUCAAGGACCUGGUCGUGGACAUGACCAACUUCUACAAUCAGUACAAGAGCAUUGAGCCGUGGCUGAAGCGGAAGACGUCGCCGCCGACACCAGGGAAGGAGAUUCCGCAGAGCAAGAAGGAUAGGGCGAAGCUGGACGGGAUGUACGAGUGCAUAUUGUGCGCUUGCUGUAGCACGUCUUGCCCCAGUUACUGGUGGAACCCUGAGUCUUACUUGGGACCAGCUGCCUUGCUUCACGCCAAUAGGUGGAUCAUGGACAGCAGAGAUGAAUUUACGAAGGAGCGGCUUGAUGCGAUUAAUGAUGAAUUUAAGCUCUACCGUUGCCAUACUAUAUUGAAUUGUGCUCGAGCCUGUCCCAAAGGAUUGAACCCAGGAAAAAAGAUUAUAAAUAUCAAGCAGCUGCAGCUUGCCAAGUAGCUUGUGAGCCUAUGAUUGUGAAGUGUAAACACGUUUUUAAUGGCCAGCGAAAGGGCAAAUUAUAUUUUCAGCUUUGUGAACCUUUAGUUAUUUAUUCAAUAAAUUGUGCGCUCAGUACUUUCCAU